GGUCUUAGAUGCAAAAUCCCCCGACCCCUCUAGAACGAGCGCCCACCGAGGAACCCACCGGCCGGCGAAGCGGAGGGAGGCGAUGGCAGGGGCGGCGCGGGGGCAGAAGGCGCUGGGGGCGCUGCCGCAGCUGGUGAAAUCGCUGCGAAGCGAACCCGUCUCCGGCGGCGCACGGCUCAGGCGCCUCCCUUCUCUCAGGCGGACCUUCUCUCUGUACGACCAGAUCAACCUCAUCGACAGCGUCCCCGAAGACCAGCUCCGAUUCCAGUCGUACGAUGACACUGGAUUCAAGAUUAACAAUGUAAAAUACGAAGGCAGCUUAUUGAUUGUAGAGAACAAGAUAAUGACAUGGGCACCCAAAACGUUUUCAGAGAUAACUGCUGAAAGUUUAUCAAUCUUCAAAGUUGCGCACCCUAUCCCAGAGAUCCUGAUUCUUGGUUGUGGAAGACACAUCCAUCCGGUCAGUCCUGAGCUGCGGAAAUUCAUUCGAUCGACUGGAAUGAAACUGGAAGCCGUCGAUUCGAGGAAUGCGGCUUCGACAUAUAAUAUCCUGAACGAGGAGGGCAGACCGGUGGCAGCUGCAGUUCUUCCAUACGGAGUCACUUGUUAAUGUUUUACCUUGCACCAGUUGGCCAGGCGUUCUCUCUUUCUGAUCGAUAACCGAUUGAGCUGAAAUGUCGUGUAUCUGUCUGUACCAUCGACAAUGCUGUUUUGUUGCCUGGGAAAGGCCACCUUGGUUUUGUAGCAUAUUGUUCUCCUCGUAAUCUUGGACUAACAGAACAUUCACGAAGUAUACACCAGAAUAAGGGUGGCGGUUCCUGUCACAGCGCUUUGUUUCGUUCGUGGCGUUCUUGGAAA